AUGCGAGAAAUCGUUUACAUUCAAGCUGGCCAGUGUGGCAACCAGAUCGGCGCAAAGUUCUGGGAGGUGAUUAGUGAGGAGCAUGGAAUCAACUGCACUGGGGACUAUGUGGGCGACUCAGACCUUCAGCUGGACAAGAUCAGUGUCUACUUCAACGAAUCCUCGUUCUCCAAGUAUGUCCCCAGAGCCAUCCUAGUGGACCUGGAGCCAGGAACAAUGGAUAGUGUGCGCUGCGGACACAUAGGACACCUCUUUAAACCGGACAAUUUCAUCUUCGGUCAGAGUGGAGCUGGUAACAACUGGGCUAAGGGCCACUACACAGAGGGAGCAGAGCUAGUGGAAGCAGUGAUGGACGUGGUGAGGAAGGAGGCAGAUAACUGUGACUGUCUCCAGGGCUUCCAGCUUACCCACUCCCUGGGCGGGGGCACAGGCUCCGGCAUGGGGACCCUACUCAUCAACAAGAUCCAGGAGGAGUACCCCGACCGUAUGAUGGCCACCUUCAGCGUGGUCCCCUCCCCUAAGGUGUCGGACACGGUGGUGGAGCCCUACAACGCCACCCUCUCUGUUCACCAGCUUCUAGAGAACACAGACGAAACUUUCUGCAUCGACAAUGAGGCGAUCUACGACAUCUGCUUCCGCAAGCUCAAGCUCCCCACACCCACCUACGGAGACCUCAACCACUUGGUGUCGGUCACCAUGAGUGGGGUGACCACAUGCCUUCGCUUCCCAGGCCAGCUCAACGCCGACCUCCGCAAGCUGGCCGUCAACAUGGUACCCUUCCCCCGCCUGCACUUCUUCAUACUGGGCUUCGCCCCGCUCACUAACAGGGGGGGCCUGCAGUACCGUGCCCUCACCGUGCCUGAACUCACCCAGCAGGCGUUCGACGCCAAGAACAUGAUGGCAGCCUGCGACCCGCGUAACGGGCGCUACCUCACUGCGGCGAUGGUGUUCCGGGGUCACAUGUCUAUGAGGGAGGUGGACGAGCAGAUGCUGGCCAUUCAAAACAAGAACAGCAGCUACUUUGUGGACUGGAUCCCCAACAACAUUAAGACAGCGGUCUGUAAUAUCCCACCCCCUGGACUCAAGCUGUCCGCCACCUUCAUAGGUAACAAUACAGCCAUCCAGGAGCUGUUCAAGCGUCUCUCUGAGCAGUUCACCGCUAUGUUCCGUCGCAAGGCCUUCCUGCACUGGUACACGGGAGAGGGAAUGGACGAGAUGGAGUUCACCGAGGCCGAGAGCAACAUGAAUGACCUGGUGUCUGAGUACCAGCAGUACCAGGACGCCACCACUGAGGAGGAGGUGUUUGAGGAUGAAGAGGAAGAAAAAGGAAUAGCCUGAGAUCCAGAACAAUAAUGUAACUUUCUUAAACCAUCAAAUAAUGGGCCGUACCAACACCAACAAAAUCGUAAUGAUGGUGCAAAUGCAUCCAAUGACAUUUUCACAUGACAUUUUUCAUGAUUUUUUGUUGUUGCUUUGUCUGAAUG